GACCUAGAAAAACAUGAAAAACCUCAAAACAGCUUGAACAUGGCUUGAGCUGUACGCGUUAAAUCCAGCCCGUGUACAGCGGGAUUUGCAUUACAAAAUUUCACCUUCACUCCAUCAAAAUUGAUAAACAAUAUGGAUGAAUCAGACAUAAGAAAAAACACAAUUCAAGUCGGUGCUGUUUAUAUACUUGUUCUUCACUUUCUCUCUAAAUAGACAUCCCCAUUCUUCUCUCUAUUAUAUACACACAAAUGCAUACACAGGCAAAUCUACACUAGGUGGGUACUGGGCAGUAGCCAUAUUUGAUAGAUAAAUUAAGGGUUGAACUCAAAAACCCAUAUACACAAUAUACAGAGGCUUUUUUAAUUGAUGGGUUCGGAAAGUACGUUUACUCCUCAAAAGAGAGCAUCCGGCGGGCUGCCGACAACCGUUUCCGCCAACGGAGUUCGUGGACGCGCCGCCUCUGUAAUCCCCCGUGGCCGGCAGAUCCAGAAGACUUUUAACAACAUCAAGAUAACAAUCCUCUGUGGAUUUGUAACAAUCCUCGUACUGCGUGGUACAAUAGGGCUUGGAAGCCUCGUUUCCUCCGAGGCGGACGUUGAGAACCAGCACUUAAUUGAAGAGACGAACCGGAUCCUGGCCGAGAUCCGGUCUGAUAAGGACCCAACAGACCCGGAUGACCCAACUGAAGAAUUCUUGAACCCUAAUGUUACUUAUACUCUUGGGCCUAGAAUUAAUACAUGGGAUGAAGACCGGAAGGUAUGGCUUCAGAAAAACCCUCAAUUCCCCAAUUAUGUUAAUGGCAAACCCCGGAUCUUACUUGUUACUGGCUCUCCCCCAAACCCUUGUGAUAAUGCUAUAGGAGAUCAUUACUUAUUGAAGGCUAUUAAGAAUAAGAUUGAUUACUGUAGAAUUCACGGGAUAGAAACUGUGUAUAAUAUGGCCCAUUUGGAUAUGGAAAUGGCGGGGUAUUGGGCGAAGUUGCCGUUGAUAAGGAGGCUAAUGUUAUCUCAUCCUGAAGUUGAGUGGAUUUGGUGGAUGGAUAGUGAUGCUCUGUUUACUGAUAUGGUUUUUGAGAUACCUGUUUCGAAGUACAAUGAUUACAAUAUGGUUAUCCACGGGUACCCCGAUUUGUUGUUUGAUCAGAAGUCAUGGAUCGCAUUGAACACAGGUAGUUUCUUGUUCAGGAAUUGUCAGUGGUCUUUGGAUUUGUUGGAUACUUGGGCGCCAAUGGGACCAAAAGGUCCAAUUCGAGAGGAAGCCGGAAAGAUAUUGACUGCAAAUUUGAAGGGUCGGCCAGCAUUUGAGGCUGACGAUCAGUCUGCAUUGAUAUACUUGCUGAUUUCUCAGAAGGAUCAGUGGAUGGACAAGGUUUUUGUUGAGAAUUCGUAUUAUUUGCAUGGAUAUUGGGCAGGUUUGGUGGAUCGGUACGAGGAGAUGAUUGAGAAGUAUCAUCCAGGUUUGGGCGAUGAGAGGUGGCCAUUUGUGACACAUUUUGUAGGUUGUAAGCCUUGUGGAAGCUAUGGAGAUUAUCCGGUCGAGAGGUGCUUGAAGAGUAUGGAAAGGGCUUUCAACUUUGCGGAUAAUCAAGUGCUGAACUUGUAUGGGUUUAGGCAUAGAGGCUUGGUGAGCCCCAAUAUUAAGAGGAUCCGGAAUGAGACUGUUACUCCUUUGGUGAAUGUAGAUCAGUUUGAUAUUCGGCAUUCAGUGCAUCCGAGCAGUGGAUCUAGGAGCUAGCUACUAUACUGUCUUCAGUGAGCAACACUGUUACCCAGUUAAUUUCAGAUGAGCGAUCAAGAAUCAUCAGCUCAAGAUUGUACGAUGAUCAUGUUCUGAAGCGUCACAGGUUGUUAUAAUAUUUAUGUAAAGCCGUAGAGACAUGGACAGGAACUCUCUUACUUUUUCACAAGGUUAUUCAAAGUGGAACAUUUUCUUUUCUUAAUUUUUGGUUCUUUAUCAGUUCAGUCAGCUUAAAUUAAGACAGGUCGAUAAUUCUUAUCUUUUUCUGGAGGACUGGCUUGGAAAAACAUUUCAGAGAUUGAGUGGGUUGGAGGAUUGUAAUGAAAUAACAUACAAAAGCUACAGAUGUAAGCAAAAUUGUGUUAUGUUAAAUGCUUGAUUUAAGUUAUGAAUUCAAAACACUA